CACAGGGGCGCGAGCUGCCGGGGCGGUGGCGGCGCAGGCGCAGUGAGGUGGUGUCAGGGCAGAGGGCCGGGAGUGCCGCGGCCGCGGGGUUUGGAAAAGAGUUUGGCCUCUGCCCGAGUCUUGUGCCAGAUACUUUCCCCCUCUUGUGCAAACCAGUCGAAAUGGCUCCUGCAAAACCAACGAGAUCUUCUCUUCCCGUGCCCCUCCCUGAGCAGCGUCUGGAGUGAUUCCCUGUGCGGUUUGGGGUCUGGACUCUGCUAAAAUGCCUGAGAUCAAAGUCACCCCCUUGGGGGCUGGGCAGGAUGUGGGACGGAGCUGUAUCCUCGUGUCCAUCGCUGGGAAGAACGUGAUGCUGGACUGUGGGAUGCACAUGGGCUACAACGAUGAUAGGCGCUUCCCUGACUUUUCCUACAUCACCCAGAAUGGGAGGCUGACUGACUUCCUGGACUGUGUGAUCAUCAGCCACUUCCACUUGGACCAUUGUGGAGCGUUGCCCUAUUUCAGUGAGAUGGUGGGUUAUGAUGGGCCCAUCUACAUGACACACCCCACCAAGGCCAUCUGCCCCAUCCUCCUGGAGGACUACAGGAAAAUAACUGUGGACAAGAAAGGGGAAACCAACUUCUUCACUUCCCAGAUGAUUAAAGACUGCAUGAAAAAGGUGGUGGCUGUGCACCUUCACCAGACAGUGCAGGUGGAUGAGGAGCUGGAGAUCAAGGCAUACUAUGCAGGCCACGUCCUUGGAGCUGCCAUGUUCCAGAUCAAGGUUGGAUGUGAGUCAGUUGUGUACACUGGUGAUUAUAACAUGACACCAGACAGACACUUGGGGGCUGCCUGGAUCGAUAAGUGUCGCCCGGAUCUGCUGAUCAGCGAGUCCACCUACGCCACGACCAUCCGAGAUUCCAAACGCUGCAGGGAGAGAGACUUCCUGAAGAAGGUCCAUGAGACUGUGGAAAGAGGAGGGAAGGUUCUUAUCCCAGUUUUUGCCCUUGGACGUGCCCAGGAACUUUGCAUUUUACUGGAAACUUUCUGGGAAAGGAUGAACUUGAAGGCUCCAAUCUACUUCUCCACGGGACUGACAGAGAAGGCCAACCAUUAUUACAAGCUCUUCAUCACGUGGACUAACCAGAAAAUCCGGAAAACCUUUGUGCAGAGGAACAUGUUUGAGUUCAAACACAUCAAAGCCUUCGACAGGGCCUUUGCAGACAACCCAGGGCCCAUGGUGGUGUUUGCAACCCCUGGAAUGCUUCACGCAGGACAGUCCCUUCAAAUCUUCAGGAAAUGGGCAGGGAAUGAGAAGAAUAUGGUGAUCAUGCCUGGAUACUGCGUGCAGGGGACUGUGGGCCACAAGAUCCUCAGCGGGCAGCGCAAGCUGGAGAUGGAGGGCAGACAAAUUCUGGAAGUGAAGAUGCAGGUGGAGUACAUGUCCUUCAGUGCCCACGCAGAUGCCAAGGGGAUCAUGCAGCUCAUCCGCCAGGCUGAGCCUCGGAACGUGCUCCUGGUCCACGGGGAAGCCAAGAAAAUGGAGUUCCUGAAGCAGAAAAUAGAGCAGGAAUUCCAUGUCAGCUGUUACAUGCCCGCCAACGGAGAGACCACCACCAUCUUCACCAACCCCUGCAUCCCCGUGGACAUCUCCCUGGGCCUCCUCAAGAGAGAAGCAGCAAUAGGUCCUGUACCAGAUGCCAAGAAACCAAAGCUCAUGCACGGCACGUUACUCAUGAAGGAUAACAGUUUCAGGCUGGUUUCCCCCGAGCAGGCCCUGAAGGAGCUGGGCCUGGCAGAGCAUCAGCUGCGCUUCACGUGCCGCGUCCACAUCCAGGACCCGCGCAAGGAGCACGAGACGGUGCUUCGGGUCUACAACCACCUCAAGGGGGUCCUGAAGGAUUAUUCUGUGCAGCAUCUCCCUGAUGGCUCUAUAACCGUGGAGUCAAUCCUUAUCCAGGCCACAGCACACUCAGAGGAUCAGGGAACCAAAGUCCUGCUCGUGUCCUGGACUUACCAGGAUGAAGAGCUGGGCAGUUAUCUCACCUCCCUCCUGAAGAAAGGCCUGCCCCAGAGCACAUCCUGAGAGCAGAGCAGAGCACAGGGGGUUACAGAGACGGAGAUUUUAUUUUGUUUACCUUGCCAAUGGGUUUUUUUCUGGUUUGUUUUAAUAAAAGAAUUACAGUGUUUGUCCAGUUACUGCA